ACACAUCACAAUGCGCUUCCUAUUCGCUCUUGUCUUCGGCGUACUCCUGUGCCUUCUCCUGGCCCAGGAGGGCAGUAGUUCAAGCUCAAGCAGCACGGAUGCGACCACAACCACCACCGACGCCUCGACCACCACCACCACUGCCUCCUCCGCCACGACCACCACCACCGAUGCCUCAGCCACCACCACGACCACCAAAUCCUCAUCAUCCUCUUCCUCGGCGGCUGCCAGGAGGCGUGCCCGCCGUCGCCGUCUGGCCAGGGAGCGCCGUCGUCGCCAGGAGCGGAGGCAGCGCCAGGAGAAGAGGAGGCGCAGGAUGGAGAAGCUGCUCGCCAGGCAGCGCCGCCUGAUCAACCAACUUCGGGGAUAAACUAGGCAGAGUACUAAAAAAAAUAAAACAAUUGAAGUCGAAUACCCCGACUAUUUUCAUACAAGCCGACCUGUUUUGAAUUUUAAACUAAACCUUACGUUCACCAUAAGAUCAUCUACAUGCAAAGAUCAUUUUUUCAAGAUCAAAAUUGU